UUUUACGUAUUUGCAUCAUCACAAGGAAAUCUGUACUUGAGAAUGGGAGGUGGAAAGGAUAAACAUGCACACUAUCCUCCCGGAGGACAGUAUCCUCCGGGAGGGCAAUAUCCUCCAGGACAGUAUCCUCCAGCACCCGGAGCUCACCCUCCACAACCUGGAGCUUACCCUCCUCAACAAGGAUAUCCACAACAAGGUUAUCCUCCUGCACAAGGGUAUCCGCCUGCAAGAUAUCCUCCACAAGGAUAUCCGCCAGCAGGUUACCCUGGUCAACCUGCUCCACACCAUACUGGGCACGGCAUGAUGGCCGGAGUUGCAGCUGCUGGAGCUGCAGCCUAUGGUGCUCAUCACAUGGGACACGGCGGAGGCCAUUACCCUGUACCUGGUACUGCUCAUUAUGGACAUUAUGAUCAUGGAAAACAUGGAAAGCAUGGCAAGUUUAAGCAUGGCAAGGCACAAGGGAAAUACAAACAUGGCAAAUUUGGCAAGAAUCAUGGUGGCAAAUUCAAGAAGUGGAAGUAAAUUAACUAGUCAUAGGACUUCAACUAACUUCAUAUUUUGCUAGGUUCUACUCUUUUCUACUUAAAUAAGGCGUAAUGUUGUUCGUAAUAGCCAAAAAGGCAUUAGAAGUGCUUUUUCUUUUAAUUAUUGUUAUAUUUUUCACUUAGAGGGGAGUUUUAGCGCAUUUGUAAUAGUUGUUCUAGCGUGACCUGAAGGUCGGGGGUUCAAGCAGUGAACAUAACUAAAUAAUUUAAUUUCAAUUUAUUUUU